AUGAGGAUGAGGAACAAAUAUCGGAAACCAACCACUUUACGUUUCAAUGCAGGAACCAGAUGCUCAUUUCCUGUGGUUAUAUGGAGCCUGGUGGGCUGCCUUCUUCUGCUCCAUUUCUACUCCCUAGUUCAUCAAAGAGAUGGGGAAGGUGGCAAGACACGAUCACGCACAGGUCUCCACCCUUUUCUCCGUGAAAUUGAAGAGGUGGAAGAGGAGAAUAUUCAGAUUCCCCCACCAAAAGGAAAGCGUUCACCACGUGCUGCCAAACGUAGGCCUAGGCGGACAACUACAUUGAUUGAUGAGUUCCUUGAUGAGUCUUCCCAGCUUAGGCAUGUAUUCUUCCCUAAUCAAAGUACUGCUAUAGAUCCGAUGAAGAAUGCUGGGAACGAAAGUUUCUAUUAUCAUCCUGGGAAAAUUUGGUUUGAUACAGAUGAGAAUCCUAUUCAAGCUCAUGGAGGUGGUAUACUAUAUGAUGAGAGAUCAAGGACAUACUAUUGGUAUGGGGAGUAUAAAGAUGGGCCAACUUACCAUGCUCACAAAAAAGGGGCAGCACGGUUUCUAAGGUUUAAUCCAUUUAAAAAGACAGAAUGA